GCACGUUUCAGCACGUGAGCGGAGAUUAGCGUCUCUCCGCACGGACGCGGAUGUGCGGCUUUACUGUCAGGUUGAAGUCACAGCAAAGAAAACGGCUCUUUGCGUCUCAGGAGCGACUUCAGGAGUUCAGACUCGCAGCGAGCUGAGAAGUACAGAUGGCCUCAGAUUUGUGGGGACGCUUCCCUCUGCUGGGGGAUAACAAUACUGUGCAAGCAGGCAACAGCUGCUUCAGUGCCACCCAGAGCACUGUGCUGAAGGGAGUAAGAUUUGGAGGAGUGCCUAUAGUUCUGUUGCUCAACUUUGUUGUCUUCCUAGUGUUGCUGCUAGUCUUCACUUGCAUCAGAAAGAAGUUAUGGGAUUACGGAAGACUGGCAUUAGUCGCAGAGACUGAAGGGUUUAAUGAAAUUUCUAGACGUCGCUAUGGUAGAAUGACAUCCUUUAUGUCAAUUGAAGAGCCUGAAUAUGAAAGGGGAUUCUGUUCUUGGCUCACCUUUAUCAUCAGAAUGGAUGAGACAAUAGUGAGAGAGAGGUGUGGAAUGGAUGCUGUGUACUAUCUGUCCUUUCAGCGUCACCUUAUCAUUUUGCUGCUCAUCGUCUGUGUACUGUCUGUCUCUGUCAUCCUUCCGGUCAAUCUCUCUGGAGACCUGCUAGAGAAUGAUCCUUAUAGCUUUGGCAGAACGACCAUUGUAAAUCUUCAACAGAGGGAUAAAUUGCUUUGGCUGCACACAGUUUUUGCAGUUCUGUACCUCAUCCUCACAGUGGUGCUGCUGAGGCGUCACACCUCCCUGAUGAAGGGCACAAAGAGAGAGACUACCCAAAAAACCCUGUUUGUAUGCUCUAUGCCCCUGACAACCACAGAAGACAGAUUAAGGACACAUUUUACAGAGGCCUACCCCACCUGUCAAUUGGUGGAUGUUCGCCUGUGCUAUGAUGUGACCAAGUUGAUGUACUUAAUAACAGAAAGUAAGCGAGCGGAAAAGAACCUGGAGUAUUACCGCAAAGGUCUAGAACGCCAGGGGCACAGAGAAGUCAUCAAUCCACGAUCAUGUGGACACAUCUGCGGCUGCUGCACCUGCCGAGGAUGUGAAGGGGUUGAUGCUGUAGAAUACUAUAGUUCUCAGGUUACUAAACUUGAUGAAGCCCUGAAAAAGCAUAAAGAGACAGAGCCACGUGCACUGGGAAUGGCUUUUGUGACAUUCCAGACUGCAUCCAUGGCAGCGCUCAUCCUGAAGGACUUCAAUGCUCUUGAAUGUGGAACUGUGUCUGGGCAAAUGGGUGGACAACAUGAAAUCAGACGAAUAACAUGUGGCUGUGGUAAAGAGCCUCAGCCUUCAUCGAUUAGUGAACAGCUGAAGCUGAAAAAGUGGAGGGUGAGCUAUGCCACUCAUCCAAAUAACAUUGUAUGGGAGAAUCUGUCAGUCCAGGGCUUGUGUUGGUGGUCUCGGUGUCUUCUGCUCAACAUAUUACUGUUCAUCCUGCUCUUCUUCCUCACUACUCCCUCAAUAAUAAUCUCCACCAUGGACAAGUUUAAUGUCACAAAACCCAUCUACUAUCUAAAUAGUGCUAUUAUCAGUCAGUUCUUUCCAACUCUGCUACUGUGGUCAUUCAGUGCACUGUUACCUACUGUAGUCUACUAUUCUACACUGCUGGAGGCCCAUUGGACCAGGUCAAGUGAGAAUAUGAGUAUGAUGUAUAAGCUCUACAUCUUCCUCAUUUUCAUGGUGCUUAUCCUACCAUCACUGGGCCUCACUAGUCUGGAUGUGUUUUUUCGCUGGGUCUUUGACACUCAUUCAGAGCGGAAGCUGAGGUUUGAGUGUGUGUUUUUGCCGGAUCAAGGGGCUUUCUUUGUGAAUUACGUGAUUGCGGCUGCAUUGGUGGGUUCUGGGAUGGAGUUGUUGCGGUUACCAGGGUUACUGCUCUACGCUGUGCGCAUGGCACUUGCACGCUCAGCUGCAGAGAGGAGAUAUGUCAAACAGAAUCAGGCAUAUGAGUUUGAAUAUGGAGCAAUGUAUGGAUGGACUCUGUGUGUCUUCACUGUCAUUAUGGCCUACAGCAUCGCCUGUCCUGUUAUAGUACCAUUUGGUUUUCUGUAUAUGAUCUUAAAACACCUGGUGGACAAGCAUAAUCUGUAUUUUGCUUAUUUGCCUGCGUGCCUUGACCGUCAGGUGCACCUGGGAGCUGUGAAUCAAGCACUUGCUGCACCAAUCAUCUGCCUUUUCUGGCUCUACUUCUUCUCUAUCCUGAGGACAGGAUUUAUGGCUGAUACCUCACUCUUUACGUUGGUUGUUCUGUGUGUGACCAUUUUCAUUUGCAUUGGUUACACCUGCUUUGGCCACUUCAAGUACCUCAGUCCCCACAGUUACAUUGUUAAGGAAGAAGAUCAAAACUCUGAUGGAGCUUCAGAAAAUUCCACCAGUUCUGUGUACCUUCCCAAAGUUUUGAACCAUGACCCUGCCUCCAAGUCCCCCAGCAGGUUCAGUCCUCACUUGUCAUACGGCACCACGGACACAAGCCCGGCCUUUCUCAGCACUGAGGAGGAGCAACGGGACUCGGACAUCUAACAGCAUUAUCAGUCAACAGAUUCCAGUAAAACCUGUCCUUGAUGUGAGGGCACUGCUGUUCUCCUAGUGAGAAUCUGAGAGACCUGUAUGAAAUAAUGACUGUAAAAUGACCUAACCCUAUCCUUAACCCUAGAUCAAAAUAUAGAUGAAAUAAAGGGCUUGUAUGAACACUAAGUGUAAGUCCCUUACAAACUUAUAAAAACUGAAAAAUGAGCUUUCCACUGCAGGGACCAUGUGAUUUUAAAGUAUAUCUUUCCUUUUUGACCAUUAGGCUGACACUUCUGGGACUGCUCAGGAACAUAGCCAUCUUACCAAAGACCUAAAACUGUUGAACCUGCCUACUUAGUUCAGUGAUGAGUAUAUUUUACAAAGGUAGCUUCCCAAAUUCCUUUUAAGGACCUUUUGCCAAGGAAGAGAAGCCAAAUGUAUCGCUAUUGUAUAUCAUGGACUCAGAUAGUGCUGUAAUCAGAUGCCAGACUGGUUGAAGCACUGUGAGCUCAGUCUAUAUGGCAGACAGCUUUCAGGAUGAAUGGGUACAUUAGGUGCAACUUAUUUGUCAAUGCUAUUAAUGAUCAUAGGAAUUUUGUAAUGUCAUUUUUAUAAACAUGAUCACACUAAGAGAUCAAAAAUAAUUUGUAAACUGGCAGAUUGUUGUCGUAACUACUCAAAUGUACACAUUUAAUUAUUUGACAUUCUGCUUUUGAUAGGAUUUCGUAUUUCACCUUUGCACUUCUAUUAUUUUUAUACAAAUACAUUGUAUGAACUUUACAUGAGAGUUUCCUUUGUGCUGUGAGCUGAGAGUGCGCACGUGCUCAUGGACACGUUUAUCUGUCUGUCUGGAUGGUAUGUGGCACUGUAAAAUCCUCACCACUGGAUGGCACUGUUGUUUUAGGAUGCCUUUUUUGGACGGGAUUCUAUGUAAGUGCACGUGUGUCUUUGUAUAUGCAUGUUGCUAUUUGUGUUCUUUGUUCUAAAGACUGGGAUUUAGAAUAAGUGGCUGAAGGGAGAGGAGAUGUUUAAGUGGCUGACCUUUUUUACUAGGAAGGAGACUGUGUAUAUUUGUUCUCGAUUUUAUGAAUUAUGUGAUUAGAAUAGAAACAGCUUUGGAAUUACUAGGUUUAAUGAAUGUGCAAUGAGUUUCAUGAACCAUGAUUUUCUCAGUAUUGUGUGAAUGAACAAGGGCUGGGCCCACUUAAUACCAUGCAUGUACUGACACACUCGCGCUCGCUCAAUACCCUGCUAAUUAGUGGUGUUAGUGCAAAAGCCUCUUAAAUGAACACAAAAUCCCAACUGUUAUGCUAGCAGGCUGAUUUGUAAAUGUUGUACCUUUUCUCUGAGAACAGAAGGACUCUUCGUGUGUGUGUGUGUGUGUGUGUGUGUGUUGCGGGAGGAGGGGGGGUUUGCUGUAUGGCUGCUGUGUGCAAUCUUGCCAUCUAAAGUAUGUCUUUAUGAACUGCAUUGCUGACUGGGAAAUCAUGAAUUUCACUAGCUUAUAACACCACUUGCAGCCACUUUACCUUUGUUCAGUGUUUGUCAGUAAAAUUGCUUUGACUAGGUUUAAGAGGGGGCAUAGCUUAUGGGGCCAGCAUCCUACAAUUAUUUAUUUAUUUAUUUUUAUCUUUAUUUUCCUUGAAAUACACUUAGUGUUUGUGUGGGUUUAUGUGCCAAAAACAGUCAUAAUUUAUUAUUACAUGACCAUUUUCUAACCUUUUUUAUCCUUUAGAAUUAAACUGGACCCAAAAAGCACUUUUAAAGCAUCUUAGUUUCAAGAUGAUCUUAACUGGUACAGAGACUGUUCAAUGUGAUGCUCAUUCUACCAUUUAAGAAUCAUCUUUUUGUUAAGAUACUAUCAGGAAAUAAGCCUUAGCAGUUUGUUUCACUCUGCUUUAGUACUGAAAUAUGUAAGUGAUCUCUCCUCUGCUUGGCUGCCCUGUAUUGUCCCUGUAUUUCAUCUCCAAGAAUAAUAAUCAUGUUAAAACAGUGCAACAGACUUUUAGGAGUUGCCAGAUUUUGUGUGUCAUUCCCCGGAAUAAUUAUUUCUCUGCUUUUUUUAUGACAAUGAUUGUCCAGCAGUUAUAAUUAUUUGUUUUUUGUAGUACACUGUGCUAGUUCAUUUAACUUUCAUUAAAAAAAAGAAUGUAACAGAAAAAUAGAAAGAAAAUGAGUAAAUAUAAUCUAUGCAGUAGCACAAAAUAUCUUCAGUCAUUAACGUAAAGUGUUUUACCUUUUUAUAUUUUUAUAGAAUAUUUGAGUAUUCCAGAGCCCUGGAACGGAAGGCGUGAAGUGCUAUAGGCUGUAAAUGCUUUGAUUUUAUGGAUUUAAAAUGGGCUGUUUUUACAGUGUAGUUUCCAUUUGUAAACUGGGGUAAAUAGUAUGUUUUAAUACUCAUGGUUUACAUAUUACAGUAAACUAUUUCAAAAAAAUGAAGAAAAUUUGGUUUUCCAUGACAUAGUGCCUUGGAGAUUUGAUACUUCCCAAAUUAGUGUUUUGUUGAGGGUGUACUGCAGUAUGCCUCGUAAAUCUCCUACAGCAUGCGUUUUUCUUUCUCAGAUGCUUUAGAAGGUCAUCAGGUCUACUUGGCUUUGCUAAGAGAAUGUAGACUUGUUUAUAUAUUUAUAUUGUGCAAGAAAUUAAAAAUAGUAUGUAAAGACAA